UCCUCUGCAGAUGACUGAAUGUACAGCUCUGCUCUUCUGACGCUCAGAUUUAAAGAAAACACGGGAAAUAUGGAAUAAGAUGGUGUUCGAAGCCAAACGGUUGACGGAAAGAACAUGGUGUUGCUCUGUCAUCAUGGCGAUGGUCUUAUUAGCCUGGCUCCUCCCACUCAUUACUUCUGCCACGCCUUUUCCUAGAGAUCUGCAGCCAAUUAGUGUGGUGGGAUUGGACGACUCGUACCUGUACCCCAGUUUUCAGGGUCUGGUGUCCAGCAAUGAGACGGAGCGUCUGGGUCUGGACUAUCAGCGCAUGAUGAGGAUCCAGCACAUGCUGUACAUCGCCGCCAGAGACCAUGUGUUUGUUGUAAAUCUCACAACGGCAGUAGAUGAAAUUAUUCCACAGCAGAUCCUGACGUGGAGAUCCACAGACGUGUCCAAGUGCACCGUCAGAGGAAGAAACAGUGAUGAAUGUUACAAUUAUAUCAAGGUUCUUGUUCCUCGUAAUGACGAGACUCUGUUUGCCUGUGGAACAAACGCGCUGAAUCCUGCCUGCCGCAACUACAGAUUGAGUUCACUGGAGCAGGUCGGACAGGAGCUCUUGGGUCAGGCAAGAUGUCCAUUUGAGUCUCGACAGUCCAAUGUAGGAGUGUUUGCAGGUGGUCAUUUCUAUUCAGCCACAGUGACGGACUUCCAGGCGAGUGACGCUGUGAUCUACAGGAGUUUAGGAGGAGAGGGUCGACCUGUUCUGCGCACUGUCAAAUACGACUCCAAAUGGCUCAGAGAGCCUCAUUUCCUGCACGCUGUCGAAUACGGGAACUAUGUGUAUUUCUUCUUCAGUGAGAUUGCUGUGGAGCACACUGCUGCUGGGAAGGUUGUGUAUUCUCGUGUGGCGCGAGUGUGUAAGAAUGAUAACGGCGGCUCCACGCGAGUGUUGGACCGACACUGGACAUCAUUUCUGAAGGCUCGGCUGAACUGCUCCGUUCCUGGAGACACUUUCUUCUACUUCGAUGUGCUUCAGUCUCUGACCAAUGUGCUGCAGAUCAACCAGAGACCCGCUGUAGUCGGAGUGUUCACCACACAGACCAACAGUAUUCCGGGAUCCGCUGUUUGCGGUUUCUAUCUGGAUGACAUUGAGCGAGUGUUUAAUGGGAGGUUUAAAGAGCAGAAGAACAGUGACUCCAUGUGGACGGCAGUACCGGAGGAACAGGUGCCCAAACCACGUCCAGGUUCGUGUGCAGGUGAGGGUUCUGCCUCCUCCUAUUCCUCUUCUGUUCAGUUUCCAGACUCUGUGCUGUCGUUCAUCAAAACACACCCGCUGAUGGAGGAGAGCGUGCCGUCAGUCAACAGCCAACCGCUGAUCACCAACACCGCCAGCAGUUAUAAGCUGACUCAGAUUGUGGUGGACACUGCUGCUGGGCCUCAUAAGAACCGCACCGUAGUGUUUCUGGGCUCUGAAGACGGACGCGUGCUGAAGAUCCUGACCAACACACACACCAACAGCUCACACACAUCCCAGCUGCUGGAGGACAUCGACGUGUUUAAUCCUACACGGUGUGUUGGUGAGCGUGCAGUGUUGGGUCUGGAGCUGGAUAAGGAGCAUCACGCUCUGUUUGUGGCCUUCUCCAGCUGUGUGAUCAGAGUUCCUCUCAGCCGCUGCGCUCAGCACGCCACCUGCAGGAGACGCUGCCUCUACACACAUGACCCAUACUGCAUCUGGCUGCGGACGGGACGCUGUGCUGACAUGGCCCCGGGGUUCAAGGCGGGAUUUGAACAGGACAUUGAUGGUGAACAAACUCAUUUAUUUGACACAUGCACUGAUGUGAUGUCAUCAGCAGGAAGUGAUGUCAAAUCAGCUGUGGAUUCGGCCUCUGGAGUGAAGCAGCUUCCCGACGCCGACAGUCUGAGCGACGGCUAUCACUUCACUCUUCUGGGCGCGUGUGUGUUGCUAGCGUUUGUGUUGGGGGCGAUCGCGUCAGGUUUGCUGGUGUCGUGUUACUGCAGACAGAGCUCUCCGUCAACGCCAGAGCCUGAAGCAACACUCGCACACACACAUGCACACACACUCUCGCUCAGCAGCCUCGCUAAGAUCAACCUGCUGAUGGACAACAAACCAGAGAAAAAGAGCGAGUCUCCAUCCGCACACAUCUACUCGCCCGCUAAACCUCCAGAAGAGCUGCCACCCACGCCCGACUCGACCCCAGAACUGCCAAUCAAAAACAUCAAAGCCAUCAGCAGCCAAUGGGAGAGAAGCCACACCCACAACUCCACCCUCCAGCUCAUUCCGACCAAUCAGAGUCAUCCAAUGCUUUCAGAAAAUCACAGUGAUGAUAUAAGCAGUAGCAGUCAGCGUUUUGAUGCCACCCUUAUGUCACCUGCUGGAUUAAAGUCAUACAAUCGGACUUUAUUACCCAAGUCGUAUUACAGCUGUCUGAAAGAGCCGUCAGAAUGUUCCACGCUUCAGCAGAUUCCCGAACAGCCCUCCGCACAGCGCCACGUCCUCAUUAAAAUGGGUAACGGGAUCACCAGCGCGCGCCAGCACACCUUCAACCCCAAGAUGAACUCCAAUACGGGGAAUAUUUACGAGAUCCAGCGGCCGCUCGUCGCCGGCGGCUCGUGUUUGACGCGGCAGCACAGUUACAGCGAGCCGCCACAGCUCCAGCGCAGCGCUAUCGUCAGACGCACCGCAUCGCUAAAACCACAGAUACCGCCCAAACCACUGAACAUACCUGCUAAAACACUGCCCUCUGCUGGCACACACAACCACACACACAACUACUGACACACACACACACACACACACACACACACAACUACUGACCCCAAGGUCACAUGACACACACAACUACUGACACACACACACAUACACAAAUACUGACCCCGUAGUCACGUCACACACACAAUUACCUACCAGCACACACAUACACAACUAUUGACUCCACGGUCACAAGACGCGCACAACUACUGACUCUCUCACACACACACACACACACACACACACACACACACACAAAAAUACUGACCUCGCGCUCACAUUACACACACAACUAUUGACCACACAGUCACAUGGCAUACACACACAACUAUUGACCCUGUGGGACAACACUGGUCACACAACACACACAUGCAACUACUGACCCCGCGAUCACAUGACACAAACACAACUACUGACCCUGUGUUCACAUGACACACACACACAAACACACAACUGAGCCCACACACUCAGGGGUCAGAAUACCAGCACAUUGAUGACUGCAGUGUGUAAAUAUAGUGUGUAUAUAGUGUAAAUAUAAGAGAUGGGAUGUUAUUAUGGUGCACACUGAAUGAUUAUGCAUUGGUGGAGGGUUAUUUUUGUUAAUAAAUCUGGUUUCUUGCAUUUGUUAAA